UCAAAUUGAGGGUUUUUUGAUAACUUCAACUGAAUUUUAGCUUUCACGAGAGUUCUCAACUAAUAGCACGACUGGUUCUUUCCAUUAGAAAGAGGAUGCUAUUCUAAGUCUAUAAAUACGAACUUCGUCCUUCAACGACCAUAAUCCUAGUAUCACUCGAUCCUUUAGGACCCCCAUGAACUCGAAUCCGUUAUUAUUGAGAAUUAUUCCAUGUCCACACGCUGUUGUCGGGUUAUCAACUCUCCGAAUAACUACGAAGUCCAAUCGACCUCCGCAAAUAAGAUGCUUAGCGCUUCUCCAGCUUUGGGGAAUCCGGGUAAUUGGAAUCUCCACUGGGGGCCGCAGUAGAGCCUCGAUCAGGGUAUAGUACCAUUUCUUAUAAUUACCAAAGUUGGUAGGAUGGUGAGUAGAUAUAUAACAGGAGUUUUCUCUUCUAAUCUACAUAAUCUCACGAGUAUGCGUUCCCCAUGAGACGUGGUGAUGUUGUUACGGUUGUUCACUUUCCUACUAGUGGCCCUUCAGGGGUCUCUAGCUACUAGCAGAAUCGAUAGACGUCAAGUUGUUCGGUCGUUUAACCCCCAUCGUAAUGCUAGCUCUCGGACCACGCCAUUGCAAGUCGGCAAUGGUAACUUUGCAUUCGGGGUGGAUGUCACUGGGCUCCAGACUUUCAGCCCGUUUGCUACCAUGUCGACUUGGGGUUGGCAUAACUUCAGUCUACCAACUACAGUUGGUCAAACAUCAGUAGAUGAUUUCACCGGUUUGGACUGGUGGACACAUGGUCGAUUGGUUAACUACAAUCAACCUAACCCGGCACAGAACGACAUCUCGAACUGGUUGAUUCGAAAUCCUCAACGUGUGAAUCUAGGGACUAUUGGAUUGUGGUUCGGUGGAGAUGUCAUAACUGAAGAAGCAUUAGAGAAUAAAUCUCAGACGCUUGACCUUUGGACAGGCAAAAUUUCGUCUUCUUUUACCUACAAAGGAGCUCCUGUAAAGGUUGAGACUUGGGCAGACUCGAAUUCCGAUACAAUCGGCAUUGCCAUAGAGUCCGAACUCUUCUCCGAGAAUUCUCUUGGCAUCUUCUUCGAUUUUCCUUUACCAACUACGAACAAAUUUGAUGCCCCUUUUGUCGGUGUCUUCAAUGCCACAGAGAAGCAUAACACAACUCUCCAGCAAGGGAGAAAUAGAGCAGAUAUUCGACAUGACAUGGAUGCUACUUCAUAUUACACCUCGUUUACGUGGGAUACUAGCGCUAAGAUAUCAGGACCUCUUAACGGGACUCAUCGCUAUAUACUACAGCCGUCUAAUGGAUGUAAGAGGAUUGAAAUAUCUGUUGCUUUCUCUCCCGCUUUAAGCACACAUAUAAAACCUUUCAGUGAUCUUAAAUCAUCGUCCAAAACGUGGUGGGAAUCUUUCUGGGAAUCUGGGGCAUUUAUUGAUUUGUCGGGAGUCAAAUCGCCAAAUGCCACAGAGCUUCAACGGAGAACGAUUCUAUCCCAAUAUCUAAUUGCUGUCAAUUCUGCUUCUUCAUACCCGCCGCAAGAAUCAGGAUUGGUAAAUAAUGGUUGGUACGGCAAGUUUCACUUGGAGAUGGUUUUAUGGCAUCUCCUUCAAUUCGCCCGAUGGAAUCAAUUUCCAUUAUUACGACGAAGUCUUCCGAACAUGUAUAACCAAUACCUGGACUCAUCAAUUGAUCGAGCGAACCUCCAGGGAUACGACGGCGCUCGUUGGGGCAAGAUGACCGACCCAACCGGACGAUCUGCCCCUGGAGAAAUAAAUUCGUUGCUUAUUUGGCAGCAACCCCAUCCGAUGUACUUCGCGGAGCUCGAAUACCGAUCGUCCCCUAAUAACAACACUCUAGAAUCAUGGGAUAGCGUUCUAACAUCAACUGCUGACUUCAUGGCCUCCUACGUUUUCUUCAACGAGUCGACCAAACAUUAUGACCUAGGUCCGCCGAUGUAUCCAGCGUCCGAGAACACCAACCCCAAUGCUACCAUCAAUCCAGCCUUUGAGUUAGCUUAUUGGAGGUUCGGCUUAGAUAUCGCUAUCAAAUGGAAGCAGAGACAAAAUCUCGCUGUCUCUGACAAGUGGGUGGAAGUACGCGAUAACUUGGCCCCAUUGCCAAUUGCAGAUGACGUAUUCGCGGUUUACGAGGGCAUCCCAAAUAUGUGGCAGAAUACCACCGUUCAAGACCAUCCGGCCAUGUCCGCCAUCUUCGGCCUCCUUCCUCCGCCUAGCAGUGGACCCUCCCUUAAUAUGACAGUCGUUAAAAACACGGCGGAUAAGAUUCGGGAUCUGUGGGACUUGGAGGAUUGUUGGGGUUGGGAUUUUCCAAUGCUGGCUAUGAACUCAUUGCGCAUCGGAGAUAUUGACCAGGCAGUGGCUUAUCUCCUACACCCCUUAUUCGAUUUUGAUGAUGCCGGGUAUCCAGUUGGCGGCUCGCGAGUGCCGACACCUUAUAUGCCUGGAUCGGGCGCAUUCUUAUUGGCUAUGGCCAUGAUGGCUGGAGGCUGGGAUGGCGAGCCCGAGAUGCACUUCCCAGAGGGAUGGAAUGUCCGGACCGAAGGGUUUCUACCUGGGUUGUAAUGGAUCAUGUAACUUAGAGGUAUGUAUAUUCACAUCUUAGUCACUGAUAGAUAAUUGGCAUUUCACAUGCUUAAGAGGUCAUCGCCGAGAGUACAUUGUCAUUAUGGAGAUAAUGACUACACCUUUAAUGAUACUAGAAUAUGACGGGAGCAUGCAAUCAUAUGUGAUUCGGUUACUAAAGCAAGUGGUGGCCUUAGCGCUUGGUUGCUCCAUUACGCAACACAGGAGUGUUUAAGGAUACAGCAACUCCCUAUUGGGGCAAAGAAGCAUGCAAAGAGACACCAGGACUUACUUCAGAUGAUUCAUUUCAUUACCAAGGAACUCGAUUUCAGGUUGACGUCGAUACACCGGUUGAAGGAUGCUGUACGGCGCAACACAAGUGAACAAGGAAGCACAUGGACGUCCCCGUGAUGAUGAAUUAAGAUCAGGUAUGAUUACUAGUCACCAUCUACCAUAUGGGUCGGCCAAGUCUUCGAAAAACUUCUUAAAUCUGUUCCUGGACGCGAACAGACGGCUUCCUGUAG